AUGAGAGGCUCUGGUGUUUUGCAGGCCCUAGCGGUAGCUAGCUGCGCUAGCUACGCUUCUGCGUUUACUGUGCAGGAUAAGUUGCACGGACAAACUGUGUUGGACAAGGCGGUUGAUGCGUUGGGAUUGGACGCGUCUGAGCUUUUGAGGUCGCUUCCGGGCCAUUUAAAGACGGCUUGGAACGAAAUGGGUAUGUUGUAUCCUCAGGAAGCCAGCCAGUUGGAGUUUGUUUCCAAGCCCAAGGGGAAGAUUGUCAAGCACGACAAGUGGGACCAUGUUGUGAGGCCAGAGAGCUUUGUGUCUACGGCUAGCGUCAACAACGACAACGUCGGGAACUACCAGUUGCGUGUGAAGAAGAUCAAGGACCCUAAGGUGCUUGGCGUGGACCCCGACGUGAAGCAGUACUCUGGUUACUUGGACGUUGAAGACGAGGACAAGCACUUCUUCUACUGGUUCUUUGAGUCCAGAAACGACCCCAAGAACGACCCUGUUAUCUUGUGGUUGAACGGUGGGCCAGGGUGUUCCUCUUUGACUGGUUUGUUCUUCGAAUUGGGUCCAUCUUCCAUUGGCGAAGAGGUGAAGCCAAUUUACAACCCACACUCUUGGAACAGCAACGCUUCCGUUAUCUUCUUGGACCAGCCAGUCAACGUUGGUUACUCUUACUCUUCAUCAGAAGGUGUCUCAAACACUGUUGCUGCAGGUAAGGACGUGUAUGCGUUCUUGCAAUUGUUCUUCCAGCAAUUCCCCGAGUACGCCUCUGGCCAAGAUUUCCACAUUGCUGGUGAAUCUUAUGCGGGCCACUACAUCCCUGUGUUUGCUACAGAGAUUUUGUCGCACCCACAAGAGGAACGUUCUUUCAACUUGACCUCUGUUUUGAUCGGUAACGGUUUGACCGACCCCUUGAGCCAGUACCCUGAGUACGAGCCUAUGGCUUGUGGUCAAGGUGGUGAGCCAUCUGUGUUGGACGAGGAGCAAUGUGAAAACAUGUUGGAAACGCUACCCAGAUGUCUAAACUUGAUUCAAUCUUGCUACGAAUACGAAUCUGUUUGGUCAUGUGUGCCAGCCUCCAUCUACUGUAACAACGCUCAAAUGGGUCCAUACCAAAACACAGGUAAGAACGUGUACGACAUCCGUAAGGAGUGCAAGGGCAACCUAUGCUACGACGAGAUGAAAUACAUGGACGAGUACUUGAACCUGGACUACGUCAAGGAGGCCGUGGGUGCCGAAGUCGACAACUACGAGUCCUGUAACUUCGACAUCAACAGAAACUUCUUGUUUGCCGGUGACUGGAUGAAGCCAUACCACAAGCACGUUGCCGAAUUGUUGGACCAAGACUUGCCUGUUCUAAUCUACGCUGGUGACAAGGAUUUCAUCUGCAACUGGUUGGGUAACAAGGCAUGGACCGAUGUGCUUCCAUACAAGGAUGCCGAAGAGUUUGCCAAGCAACCAGUCAAGAAGUGGGUCACCUCUGUCGGUGAGCACGCUGGUACCGUCAAGAAUUUCGACAAGUUCACCUUCUUGAGAGUGUACGGUGCUGGCCACAUGGUGCCAUUCGACCAACCAGAGAACUCCUUGGAGAUGGUCAACGACUGGGUCAACGGCAAGUUUGACUUCAAGCACUAG